CUCCCACGCCAUGUCAUGAAAGCGCCGCCGGGCGGAGCGCAGUGAUGGCGACGGCGGUAGUAUGCCUUGUACUGAUUGCUCUGCAGCUGGUGGGCCCGUGUGGGGUGGCCGGCGCCGCUCUGCCCCUAGUCAUCAACACUUGGGCGUUUAGGAAGGCCACAGAGACAGCAUGGAGAACAUUACAGUUGGGUGGUUCAGAGCUGGACGCUGUUGAGAAAGGCUGUGGUCAGUGUGAGAUUGACCAGUGCGACGGGAGUGUGGGAUAUGGAGGAAGCCCAGAUGAAAGUGGGGAAACAACACUGGAUGCAAUGAUUAUGGAUGGCAACACUAUGGAAGUUGGGGCAGUUGCAGAUCUCAAACAUGUGAAAAAUGCAAUUGGUGUAGCACGAAAGGUCAUUGAGCAUACUAAGCAUACAUUAUUAGUGGGAGAGUCAGCCUCCCUGUUUGCCGUACGCAUGGGGUUUCCAUAUGAAGAUCUAACUACCCAAAGAUCUCUUUCAUUGUAUUCAAGGUGGCUUAAUCAAAGCUGUCAGCCAAACUACUGGAAGAAUGUGGUACCAGAUUCUUCAAAAUCCUGUGGACCAUAUAAGCGGCUUGAAAAAGUUUCAUUUGAAGAAGAGACCAUUUCACAAAGAAACAUUCAUAAUCACGAUACUAUUGGUAUGGUUGUGAUUGGUAAGAGUGGAACCGUUGUUUCUGGGACAUCUACUAAUGGCGGCGUCCACAAAAUUCCAGGUCGUGUUGGAGAUUCUCCAAUAGCUGGAGCAGGAUCCUAUGCUGAUAGCACAGCUGGAGGAGCUGCAGCCACUGGAGAUGGUGACACCAUGAUGCGUUUCUUACCCAGCUAUCAAGCAGUGGAAUAUAUGAGGAUGGGAACAGACCCGACAGUAGCCUGUCAGAAGGUUAUUUCCAGGAUUCAGAAGCAUGUUCCAAAGUUCUUUGGUGCUGUUAUAUGUGCCAAUACAACUGGAAGUUAUGGUGCUGCAUGUAAUAAAAUUCCAGGAUUCACUCAGUUUCACUUCAUGGUUUUUAGCCCUUUGCAAAGUCAGCCUGCUGAACAAGUAGUAGAUUGCAUUUAAUUUCUUUUACUCUUUCGUCUAAACUUAGAGGGGGAAAGUGCUAAGAUUCCCAAGUUAUCACUUUUUAAAAUAUUUAUUUGAUUUUGUUGUUUUGAAAUCAUAUGAACAAGUAUAAAUAUAUGUUGAUGUGGAUGCUU